AUGCAGAUCUUUGUGAAAACAUUGACUGGGAAAACUUUGACUCUAGAGGUAGAGUCGAAUGAUACAAUUUUCCGAGUUAAACAGGGGAUACAAGAUAAAGAAUCCAUCCCUCCUGAUCGACAACGUAUUAUUUUCGCCGGCAACCAGUUAGAAAAUGAGCGAACCCUGUCAGACUAUGGUGUCAAAAAAGAGUCUACGUUGCAUCUUGUAUCAAGAAUACGUGGUGGAAUGUUUCAUGAAACCAGCGGCCGCACGGGAUUUAAUGAAUUACCACCACCCCCUCAACCUAAAGAAUGCACAAUUCUUGAGAGCACUGUUGCUGUUACUCCAAAACUUCCAACCACAAAAAAAGAGUUACUAGCAUUGCUACGUGAGGAAGAACGGCGAAGGAUGUCAUCCGAAUUACAAGAAUUAUAUCGUAAAGUUGGUAAUGAUCCUACAUGUGGCAAAGAUUGGAUGGAUAUUACUGAUCAAAUGCAACAUGAUUUGGUUCGAGAAUUUGGCUAUUCAGAUGAGGCUGUACAACUAAUGCGACGUGCACCACAACUUUAUCCAGAUGACCCUGUAUUUCGUACCACUCAAUUAUAUGUUCGUAAUAAUAUAGCACACAUUGGAAACCUUAAAGAAGGAAUGAAAACACCAGAUUGUCCUCUUAUUCCUGUGAAAUAUUCUGACACAACGGUCCCAAAUUUAUCUACUGGAUUAACCAUUGAUACUAAUUCAUUAAAAUCAAUUUCUUUACGCUCACUUAUUCGAUCAGGACGGCCUCUAGUUCUCCUUGCUGGAUCUCAUACCUGUCCUUUAUAUAGAUAUAUAUCUCAUGUGCUUAAUGAUAUAUAUGAUCGAUAUUGGGCUCGUGCUGAUUUCUAUAUGAUACAAAUUAGGGAAGCUCAUGCUAGUGAUGUUUGGCCGAUUGGUAAUAUUGUAGAUGUCAAAGAGCAUGAAACAUUAUCUGAUCGUUUAGCUGCUGCUGAUGAAAUGGUUAAAGCAACAAAACUAAAAAUUCCAGUAUUAGCAGAUACAAUGAAAAAUAUUUUCUUAAAAUUAUAUUGCCCUUGGCCAUUCCGUUUUUACGUCGUUGUGGAUGGUAUUUUAAAACUUGUUGGAAUGCCAAAAGAGGCUUGUUAUGAUACAACCGAUUUAAUUAAUUGUUUAGAGACUCUCUUAAAAUAG